UUACUGGAAAAUUUAGAACAUCAAGAAAUUUUAUAUUUUUAAUUUAUAUGUUUCGUGAAGUGUUUUAUGCCUGACAUAUCUGCUACUGUAGAAAGGAAAUAUUAUACUAUUUACCACAUAUUUGGCAAAUUGCCAUGAACUUCCGGCGCAGGAUAAAGACACACGCGGAUCUAUCGUGAAAAGAACGCGAAUUAUAAUAAAAAUAACUGAAAAGGGAAGACUUAUUUAGUAAUUUUACAAUUGUCUGUUUAUAAAAAUGUCCAAUAACGGUGCUCCGGACUCUUGGGAAAGUCAAGCAGAUGUAAUAGGUGAACAAGGUGCAAAAGAUUCCAAUGAUGUGUCUACAAAAUUUUCCACGUUGAAUGUAAAUGCCGUGGAAUUCGUGCCUUCUUUUUGUAAACCUUCUCAGGCCACUGACAAUACCGAAUCCCCCACUACACCACAAAAAUCUGAAAGUGGAUCUACAAAUUCCGCUGGGAGCCCCGUUCUAAACGGUUGUGGCGAUGGAGAGAGUGGCGACGGUGGCGCAGCAUCCGUGUCGCCGCGCGUGGAGGAGCCGCCGCCCGUCCCGCCAGCAGGCGUCGCCGUGGCCGCCGCGCCCGCUCCCGUGCCGCCGGACGUGUCCCCCACUGCAGACAGCUGGGAGGCCGAGGCCGACGACGCCCUGCUCACCCCUGAUGACAACAAUGAACCCGAAGAAGAAGAAACCGAGCAACAGGUUCAAGCCCCUGAUGGGGACGGUGAAACUGCUAAGAAAAUUCCCAAGAAGAAACCCCCAAGAGUGGAGGAGACCAUGAGCAAAAAGGAACAUGUGAAUGUUGUAUUUAUAGGACACGUAGAUGCUGGUAAAUCUACCAUUGGUGGUCAAAUUAUGUCAUUGACUGGCAUGGUGGACAAGAGAACUCUCGACAAGUAUGAAAGAGAAGCGAGAGAAAAGUCCAGGGAGUCUUGGUACUUGUCCUGGGCACUGGACACUAACCAAGAAGAACGUGACAAGGGCAAAACGGUAGAGGUCGGGAGAGCAUACUUCGAGACUGAGAAGAAGCAUUUUACAAUCCUCGAUGCGCCGGGGCACAAGAGCUUCGUGCCAAACAUGAUUGGUGGCGCGGCGCAGGCAGAUCUCGCAGUGUUGGUGAUCUCAGCGCGUAAAGGCGAAUUCGAAACAGGGUUCGACAGAGGGGGACAGACGCGCGAACACGCUAUGUUAGCCAAGACGGCGGGCGUGAAGCAUUUAGUGGCGCUAGUGAACAAGAUGGACGACCCGACGGUAAACUGGGAUGAAAAGAGAUACAAUGAAUGUCGAGACAAAAUCCUGCCUUACCUCAAGAAACUUGGUUUCAACCCAGCCAAGGAUCUUUCCUUCCUUCCUGUGUCGGGCCAGACGGGGCAAGGCUUAUUGGAAAAAGUAUCGGAGGAAAUUUGUUCGUGGUACCGCGGACCGUCAUUCAUCCAACUCAUCGAUGAGCUACCCUCCCUGAACAGAAAGAUCGAUGGUCCCUUCAUCAUGCCCGUAGUCGACAAAUACAAAGACAUGGGCACUGUACUCAUGGGCAAAGUUGAAGCGGGAACCACGCGCAAAGGCAGCACGCUUCUGCUUAUGCCUAAUAGGGUUCAAGUAACAGUGGAUCAAGUGUGGUCUGACGACAUCGAAGUGACGACUAUCGGUCCUGGGGAGAACGUCAAAGUGAAACUCAAAGGCAUUGAAGAAGAAGACGUCUCUCCUGGUUUUGUUCUUUGUGAUGUUUCCGAGCCGAUUACUACGGGAAAAGUGUUUGAUGCUCAAGUUGUAAUUUUGGAGCAUAAAUCUAUUAUUUGCGCGGGCUACUCUGCUGUUAUGCACAUACAUUGUGCGGCCGAGGAAGUCACAGUUAAGGCACUAAUUUGUUUGGUGGACAAGAAGACUGGUGAGAAGUCAAAAACGCGACCUCGCUUCGUGAAACAAGACCAGGUGGCCAUCAUGAGGAUAGAGUGCGCAGGCGUCAUCUGUUUAGAACCAUUCAAGAAGUUCGCUCAGAUGGGCAGGUUCACGUUAAGAGACGAGAAUAAAACUAUUGCGAUUGGCAAAGUCCUAAAAGUGAUUGAGUAAAUUUGGCACUACGAUUUGUAAUUUAGCUAGGAUAGGCCUUUCCAAAACCUAUAUCAUCAGAGAAUGCAUGUACUAUGUAAUCCUAAAUUUUGGGAUCCGUAUCAUGUAAGAGCUCGGAAGUAUUGCUUCAUGAAUUAUUUUCUGGUUUUAAUAUAGAAGAGCUAGUACUGUUAUGAUAAUGAUUAAAGAGAGACACAUUUUUUAUACAUCCACUGCCAUUAAAACUUAACUCCAUAUGACAGUAAUGUUGUGUUAGCAAUGUCUUAUUUGUCGCAGUGGCCAGACCAGUUUCAUAGAAUGUUAAAUUAACAUGAUAAAAGCCGUCCCAUGGACGUUUUGAAGUCCUCAAAUAUCUCAAUACUAAUGUCCAAGUUUAUUGUCAACAUCACGUCUUUUAUGAUUUAUUUACAUCUAGUCUUCUAAAUCAUUUUUCAGUUCAUUCCUAAUAUUACGAGACUAAAUGUAUGUAGUAACUAUUAAUUUAAAAAAUGAGUAUGUAAUUAUGGUUUAGUGUGCCACCUCCUAACUCGCCGACCGCCGGCCGCUAAGAGUGGGACGUAACAUGCUUACGUUCCAUACCCUUCACCUAGCUGUAGGCAUGUAUUAUUAUGAAGCUAUUAGAUUGACAGUAUAGAAAUGUAAGUGUUGCUAACGCAAUAUGCCAGGGCUUUCAGCUGUUCUUAUCCUAGAAUCAUCUACCUAUAAUUACGUUUUAUUAAAUACUCCGAAGUCAAUAUUUUAAAUGACCAUGCCCUGAGCUGUCAUGUAGAGUGGUAGAACGGCUUUUGUAUCACAUCCGAGAUAUUUCUUCUAAGCUUCAAUUGCUCUUUCCUCAGUAAUUUGUAAAAAUGUUGUCUUUGAAUUUUGUUGCUUAUUAUGCGUCGAUAUGGUGUUUGAUGGGUGAGGCUCUCAUGUAUGAACGUAUUUGUAAGACAAUCAUUAUCUCGGAGCUAGUAAAGAGCAGUUUCAGUUGUAUGAGUAUAUUGUCAAUCGCAGUACAAUUUUGGUUCGUUACUUCUCAGUACUUGCUCUGAGACCAACUUAACAGCGAUUUUUUAUUCACAUAUUAGGGUAAUAUGGAUGAUAUUAUACUACUGUUACUUAUUUUGAACAGCAAAGAGUUAUGUUUUAUUCUGGAUCAUUUACAAUGCACAUAUUUAAAGGUGUUUCAACAUGUAACGGAAGUAACAUUUUGCCUAUGUAGAUCAAAACUUGUUUCGGUCAUCUGUUUUUAAUGUUAAUUAUAUAUUAUCUGCAAUAUUUUUAUCAGAUUAUGAUAAAUAGAUUAUAAUUUAUUGCUUUAGUGAUCGAUACACGAGCGAAACGAGAAAAUGUUUCAUUGCAACAGAAGACACAGAAGUAGCUUUGUUUUAUAUAAAUAAUGUAAACAGAGCGGCGGCACCAUGGCAAGGCUCGCUCGACCGCCCCGACUGCUCGGGGGCCUCAGCCGCUCACCGCGUGCCGCACGGCCACGACCACCAAAUGAUAUGAUGAAAGGCCAUCGUUCAAUGUCCACAUACAUAUAUUAACUUAUUAACGUAGAAACACAAUGAGAGUACUUACGAAAGUUGUGCAAAUUAUGUGAAGGAGGUUUGUAACGUGCAAGCUAAUUCUUAUAACUUCGGCUCAACCCCCGAAUUGUUAUAAUAAAUGUAUAUUAUGGAUUUAUAAAUUUUCAGCUUUUUUUAAUGUAAUCAGAUUUACAUCUAGAGGCGAUUGUAUAUUAUUAUCAAUAUUUUGUGUAUAUCAGUGGACAAUGUGAGGCGCGCGUGGCCUCGUGUCGGUCCAGCCGCGGCCGGCGGGGAAGCGCGGUGCUGGCGGCGGCUGCGCAGUGCCUGCGUUCGCACGCGCGCCUCCGCACCGAGCGAGCACUGGCUAGCUGCGACUAUAUUAUUUUGUUUAAAAUAAAAUUUUAUUAAUACUACUGUA